AUGCAGGAGGAUGACCAGACUUUUGCAGAACUCGCUGCAAAGGAGCUUCAGGUGAAGGUGAAGAAGCAUGCUGCACCACGCGCCGUGGUGAGUUUUGAACUUUGGGAGGCACGCUUAAGCACUGGUUUGUUUCCAGCGCCCUUUAAUCAGCUGCUCUGCAAGCGCUCGUCGCCCAAGGCUUCAGCACGCGGCAGGAAGGGCCCCUCCAUCCAUGGAGACUACAUUUCGGACCAUGCGGAAGGCCAAUACUUCAAGAUCCACUGCAAUCGCCCUCGAGUGCAGCUGCAGAUGCCACUCCUGCGUCGCUGCUGGGCAUGGAUGUUUCCUCCGCAGCCCUGGUUCGCUCCACCUGCUGUCACUGGAGAAAGGCCAUCGAGCGAGUUGAAGGUCGAAGCGACGCUGCAAGAUGCUCAUGUGUUGCUACUGGAGAAGUUCGAGGAGGCGCCUUUGAUCUCUGCCCUGACCAACAUGAAGUAUCAGCUCUUGUCCCGGCAGCAAUUGCAGGAAUGGUCGAUGAACUUUGAGAACCCCGAGGUCUUCUUUAGUCAUGGCUGGACCGCAGUGGUCGAUUUUGAGCUCCGUGCGGAGUCGAAAAAUCGCCGCUUGGCCACGGCCCAGCACUUGGCCUUUGAUGUGGCCACUGGCACCUCGCCAGCCACCGGUGCAGGUCCAUCGACCGAACGCCCCGACAUGCAACAGCCACGAUGCUCAAGACGCCUUCGGUGUCAGGAGCUGCGUGGCAGCCUCUCCAACCGAGACUUGCAAGUCUGGGUUGCCUGCGUGAAGCAUGCGUGGGGCAUGGAAGCGACGGAUGGGAAGGAAGAGAACGGUCAAGAGGAGUCCAACGAGAAUGCGGUGAACUCACUGGAGUUCAACUUCAACGAUGCCAAAGUGACUCUUCUGAGUGAGCAUGAACCAGGUUCACGUUGGCCCUUCUUGGAGCUCCGAGCCUCCGAGCUCUGUCUGGGUCACUUGCAGCGCUACAAGGAGAAGCGCCUCAACGGGCGAGCACAGCUGAGCCUUUGGCUCUUCAAUCCGCUGGCUGCGGGGUGGGAGCCAUUGCUGGAGGGUCAGCCGAUCGAUCAAUCGGAACCAAGGCAGGGCGGGUGUGCACAGGAUCAGCGCCGGCGUCGGGGCAUUCGGCUCCACGGGACUCCGUGA